AUGGCUUCGAUCGCACGUCCCAAGGUGGCCGUCGUUGCGCCGGCAAGGACGACCGACAACAUUUCGGCCCUCACCCACCACCACGGCCAAGACAAUUGGGGCCAAGAUGGCGCCAAGCACGCGUCCAUCGCGCUCCGGCUCCCAGCGACGGUCGCCGGGUUGUCCAAGAAAUCGCGGCUUCGGCGGCUUUGCAUCGAGCUCUACUUCUCCGAGGCUUUUCACCGAUGCAUUCUCUUGACAAUCGUGCUCAACACGAUUGUACUGGGCGUCGACACGUCGUCGUCAAUGGCCACGGAUGCGUCAUCGACCAUCACCACGGUGCUCGGCUGGCUUGACGUCGGCUUCAACGCGGUGUUUACGCUGGAGGUCUGUGUCAAGGUGCUGGCGGUCGGCGUGGUCGACGGGCCACAGUCGUACCUAAAAAGCCGCUGGAACAUUGUGGACAUGCUUCUCGUGCUCCUGGGCUGGCUCACGAUACUCUUGGCGACGCAGAGUUCGUCGCAGGUGCCCAACCUCGGACUGUUCCGCCUCUUGCGCAUCCUCAAGGUGCUUCGCGGAAUCACGUUCUCGCGCGGCCUCCAGACGCUCGUUCAGUCGCUCUUUGAGGCCAUGCAGCUCCUGGUGCAUGUUGGCCACCUCAUGCUGGUCGUGCUCGUUAUCUUUGCCAUUGCGGGCGUCAAUCUCUUCCAAGGCGCACUGCACCAGCAAUGCGACAACGAGUAUGUGGACGGCAGUGGGCCGCGCUGCGGCGGCGGGCGCACGUGUCCCAACAAUGGAACGUGCUCGGCGUAUGUCGUGAACACGACGACACUCUACAGGGACCUCAAUGACGGCUACACCUCGUUCGACCACUUUGGGCUCGCGCUACUGACCGUGAUUGAAGUCGUCUCGUUCUCCAACUGGGGACAGACGCUCUUCGCCCUCGUGGAAGCCAAGUCGCGUGCUGCGGCGCUCUAUUUUGUGCUUUUGAUCCCAGUGGGGGGCUACUUUGUCGUCAACCUCGUCAUUGCCGUCAUCCACGACGCCUACGCCCGCAAGCUCAAGCACAUUCAACGAGCACUCGUGACAGCACAGCUCAAGCUCAAAAAGAAGUCGCUCGCUGCAAAGCAGACGCGUCGGGCCCCGUCCGUGAUGGACGUCGUUCGCCUUCCAAAUGCGCUCCCGGCUACGAAGCUGUCGUACAUGGAGCUCCACCUCUUGCUCUCGCGCUUCCAAGACCAGAAUGGCCUCAUCAACUACACUGCGUUUGCCACUUUCUUUUCGCAGUCGAGUCAUGUCAACGAGACCAUGAACACGCUGCGACGCUUCCUUCAGCGCGCCAAAGUCGCGGGCUUGCACACCCACUCACUCUUUCGAUUUUUCGACAAGGACCAGGACGGUCGCUUGAGCCUCGCGGAACUCCAGAGUGGCUUUCAGGCCAUUGAAGCGAGCGUCGGCACUGCCGUAGACCACGCGACAGUCGUAGCGCUCCACGCGUACUUGGACCUGGACAACAGCGGACACGUCGACUUGGCCGAAUUCAUUCGCUUUGCGGACGCCCCGUCUCGGCAAAUGGAGCUCCUGGAGCAAAAAGUGCUCAUCGAGUGCCACGCGUGCGAGUUGCACGGGACGAACCUCCUUGAGCUCUUUCGGGCCGAGGACCCUACGCACCAAGGCAUGGUGAAUGUCGAUGGCUUCAAACGGGUUCUGAGGCGCAUGGGCUUUCAUGGCGCCGGCGUGCACCUACCUCCUUCCGUAGCAAAAACGCCGAGAACCCUUGCGUCGGAAGCUCAUGGCGCGCGAACGAGAUCGAGGACGUCGACCGUCGCCCUCGCGGUGAUGCACCACCGUGCCUUUGUUCUUGUGGUCAACAUGGCACUGCUUGUGAACGUCGUCGUGCUCCUUGUGCGCAACCCUACCGACGACGUUUCGCCACUGAUGGCCGACCCCCGCGUUGUCCAAAUCAACAACAAGACGAUGGCGGAUACGAAUGAUGUCGCAUGGACGCGGGUACUCAGCAGGACCACUGACAUCCUCUCGUGCAUCUUUUGCCUCGAAAUGCUCGUCAAAGUCAACGGGCUAAGUCUGUCUGGCUACGUCGCCGACACAUACAACCUCCUCGACGGCAUCGUCACCGUCAUUGGGGUGCUGCACCUCUGCUUCGCCAGCGUCACCUCGAUGCCAGACAGCGUCGUUCGCGGCUUCCGCAUCGUUCGCAUUGUUCGCGUCUUCGCCCUCGGGAAGCAGUGGCUAUCGUUCCGCAUGCUCUUAGAGACGAUGCUGACGAGCUUUCGCGGCCUUUGCUACUACGCGAUCUUGCUCAGCCUCGUGCUCUACGUCUUUGCGCUCAUUGGCAUGAACCUCUUCGGGCACUCACUGUCGUCGUUCCAGUCGCUUUGGAAGGCGCUCUUGAUCGUCUUCCAGAUCUUCACGGGCGACGAGUGGACCAGCGUGCUCUAUAGUUGCAUGCACACGAGCACGUACAACGGCGUCCUUUUCAUCAUAUCGGCCUUUGUCGCUGGCUUUUACAUCUCGCUCAACGUCUUUCUAUCGAUUUUGCUUCAGAAUUUCGACUCGGACGAAAACGUCCAUCACCGGUCGUACUUUGAGACGCUUGCCAACGCCGAGUUCGGUUGUCUGUCCACACUCUCGGCAUGGGUUUUGAAGCCGUGGCAGACGUCGCCACCCGAUCGGACCCGCGAACUCCCAGCCAGCGGCAGCUCCCGUUCGAGCGUCAUGGACGCCGAAGCCAUUCUUUCCGCCGUCCGACGGGGCAGCCGAUGCGCAGACCCAACAACGAUGCGCCUCCAUGAGAUCGCCGACAUGUUGUUCUUUCACAUGAAAGUUCGCAACAUCUGCGUUGAGCACAAGUGGUACUUUGCCUGCGUUCACGGUUCGGACAUUGUGGCUUUCUUGUUGAAGCACGGGUAUGCCAGCAACGAUCUUGACGCUGAGGCGAUGGGCAACCGCCUCGUGACGAUCGAGCGGCUUCGGCCCACGCAGCUUCUCGCAGCAGGCUCACCACCAAACGUCGACGUCUGCGCCGUCAUGCAGGAGCUUGUACGCGCUGUCCAAGGUCCGUUGGCAAAUGACGACAGUAUCUUUUCGCUCCACCCGCGCUAUGGUCUGCAGCCGUUGCACCCGUCGAUACAGCGGGCCAAGACGGCGCACCAGCGCCGGGCCAAAAGAGCCACCGAAUCUCGUCAAGAGCGGCACCGCGCGCUAUUGACCGGGAACGCGCUUGGCUGCUUUCCCGCGACCAGUUCGUUCCGAGCGCGCAUUGUCUCGCUCACGCUGCACCGAGCGUUUGACACUGUGGUGCUCCUGAGUAUCCUUCUUUCCUGCGUUCUUGCAGCGAUGGAAGGCAGUGCGAGCAGCGGCGACGCGUACGCGACCUUGUUUUUCUGGGGCGACGCGGCUUGCACACUUCUCUUUACGAUCGAGAUCCUGCUGCGCGUGAUUGCGCAAGGACUGUGGUUCACGGGUCCGCGCGCCUACUUGCGCGACGGCUGGAACGUUCUGGAUUGCGCCGUCACGGUCUUUGCGCUCAUGACGCUUGGCGCGUCGCUAGGUGCUUCCACGACGCACAGCGUCACAAAAGGCUUUAGCGCAGCCAAGCCACUUCGGGCGUUCCGGGCGCUUCGGCCGCUGCGCAUUGCGCACCACAACGACGGCAUCAAGGUCGUCUUGUCGGCGAUUCUGAAAACGCUGCCCUGCGUCGUGCACAUCCUUGGCGUCGUCGUCGUGUUUGUCUGCAUUUUUGCGCUCGUGGCCGUCGAGCUCUUUGCAGGCAAGCUCGCCUACUGCGAGAGCGCCGAGCCGCUCGAUCGAUAUACCAAGGGCGUGAAUGCGUGCCUGAGCGAUCCCGACGUGCAGCGGGCUUGGGUGACACCCAUGAACAACUACGACACUGUCGGCGACGCCAUUGUGUACUUGCUUCAGCUCACGACGUUGCAAGGCUGGUCGGGUGCGAUGCACGACGUCAUCGACGCGCCAUCGACUGGCUUUGCAGGGCUGCCGCGCGUCCAAGACAACACGCCAUCGUACGCGCUUUUCUUCCUCGUCUUUGUCGUCGUGUGCGGCUUCUUCAUGAUGGGGCUCUUUCUCGGUGUCAUCGUCUACAAGUUUGACCAAAUCAAAGCCGCGUCCGAGGGCACCAUUUUCCUGACCGAGGAGCAGAAACGUUGGGUCAGCAUUCAACGGCAACUGUUUACGACGCGCCCGCACUACGUGCCGAGCAACCCACACGCCCGGCAAAGCCUUCGAUAUGCGGCGUUUGCCUGCAUUCAACACUGGGUCUUUGAGGUCGUCACGAUAUCGGCGGUCGGACUCAAUGUGGUGCUCAUGGCCACGGACCACUUCCCGUCGUCGCCAUCGUACCAAGCAACGUACGACGAUCUGCAGUGGGCGUUCACGGCGUUCUUCGUCCUCGAAGCGUGCAUCAAGGUGGUGGCGCUUGGAGUGCGCGGCUACAUCCGCACUCGGGCCCAUUGGCUCGACCUCGUCGUGCUCUGUGUGUCCGUCUCGGACUCGUUUAUCGACGUUGGCGUGCUUCGCAUGUUGCGUGUCGGUCGCGCCUACCGCUUACUCAAGAACUCGCGCGGGCUGCUCUCGCUUUUACAUACGCUCGAGACGUGCUUACCGUCGCUCUUGAACGUCGGGUCGCUCCUCGUGCUGGUCAUCUUUGUCUACGCCAUUCUGGGCAUGAACCUCUUUGGAGAGAUCAUCGAAGGCGAGUGCCUCCGACCCGGCCGCAACUUUGAAUCGCUGAGCAGUGCCAUGCUGGUGCUCUUCGUUGUUGCGACGGGCGACAGGUGGGAUUGCUACUUGAGCGACGUGCUUCCGCUCCAUCCGCACGUCGGCCGCGUGUACUUUUUCUCGCUCUUGAUUUUGGGCAACUAUGUCGUGCUCAACAUACUCAUUGCGGUGGUGCUCGAGAGCUUUAACGAAUUCAUGGCCGGGUGUGACACUGAGCUCGAAGACCAGCCGACGAACGACCACCUUGACGCGUUUGCGGCUGCGUGGGGCCAGCUCGCCCACCAAGGAUCGCUCUUUCUUCCGUCGUACAAGCUCGCAGCACUGCUGCGUAUGAUACCGCCGCCGCUCGGCUUGCCUCGUCUUGGGCAGCAUAUCAACGUCGUCCAAUUCGUUCGUAGCUUGGACGUGCGACGCAACGCGGCCAAAGACAUGUUUUACCUCGACAUCUUUUACGCGCUUUGUCAUCGAACGAUGCCCAACGGCGCCACAAACUUGGAGUCGGCGAUGGUCGAAAAGCACUUGCAGACGACGCUCGCCACCCAUGCGCUGCGCCACUUUCACGAGCUCCACUCGGUGCAGCUGACUUUAGCGUCGUUUCAGCGCUUUGACCUCACGCUCGAGUUCAACUCGGCCCUCGCGAUCCAGAAGGUGUGGCACAAGCACCGGCAACAAGGCACAAAGAUGAAUUAA